ACUGGGAGCAGGAGGAGAGGUUGCUGGAACAGGAGGAGAGGUUGCUGGAACAGGAGGAGAGGCUGCUGGAGCAGGAGAGGCUUCUGGAGCAGGGGGAGAGGCUGCUGGAGCAGGAGGAGAGGUUGCUGGAGCAGGAGGAGAGGUUGCUGGAGCAGGAGGAGAGGUUGCUGGAACAGGAGGAGAGGCUGCUGGAGCAGGAGAGGCUUCUGGAGCAGGAGCGGAAGGCCGCUUCCUUUCUCAACUGAACCCCCACCCCCGGAGCUCCCAGCAGGGCCCUCCGAGGUGGAGCAGCAACUACAAGCAGAGGCUGAGCACCUGCGGAAGGAGCUGGAGAAUCUGACAGGACAGCUUUAAACCCAAGUGCAAGAAAAUGAGGGCUUGAGUCGCCUGAACCAAGAGCAGGAGGAGAGGUUGCUGGAACAAGAGGAGAGGCUGCUGGAGCAGGAGGAGAGGCUGCUGGAACAAGAGGAGAGGCUGCUGGAGCAGGAGGAGAGGCUGCUGGAACAAGAGGAGAGGCUGCUGGAGCAGGGGGAGAGGCUGCUGGAGCAGGAGGAGAGGCUGCUGGAGCAGGAGGAGAGGCUGCUGGAGCAGGGGGAGAGGCUGCUGGAGCAGGAGGAGAGGCUGCUGGAGCAGGAGGAGAGGCUGGAGCAGGAGGAGAGGCUGCUGGAGCAGGAGGAGAGGCUGCUGGAGCAGGAGGAGAGGCUGCUGGAGCAGGAGGAGAGGCUGCUGGAGCAGGAGCGGAAGGCUGCUUCCUUUCUCAGCUGAACCCUCGCCCCCGGAGUCCCCAGCAGGGUCCUCCAAGGUGGAGCAGCAGCUACAAGCAGAGGCUGAGCACUUGCGGAAGGAGCUGGAGAAUCUGACAGGACAGCUUUAAGCCCAAGUGCAAGAAAAUGAGGGCUUGAGUCGCCUGAACCAAGAGCAGGAGGAAAGGUUGCUGGAACAAGAGGAGAGGCUGCUGGAGCAGGAGCGGAAGGCCGAGCUCUGGGAGGAGCAGGUGGAGGCGCUCAGGCAAACCGUGCAGAACGACCGUACCACCAUCAGCCGCGCGCUCUCCCAGAAACACGAACUGAAGAAGCAUCUGGGCGAGCUGAAGGAGAUGGUAACCCUCGCCCAAUUCAAGAAGGGCAGGGAGGUGGAGCUGAAGAGCCAAGAGGCUCAGAGCCUGCCGCAGCAGCGAAACCAGUGCCGGGGCCACCUGCAGCCGUACUAUCAGCAGCUGAUCUCUGAGAAAGAGGCACUGCACAGGCAGUUACUUCUGCAGAUCCAGCUCGUGGACCAGCUGCAGCACCAGAGAAAAGAGUAGCAGAGAUGGCCCGCCAAGAGUUGCAGGAGACCCAGGAAACGGAGUUGCUGAGGGCAGGUGCCCGAGGGAGAUGAGACCUGGCAGCCUCUGUGCCCUCUCAUUCUCUUUCCUGACCCCUUAGGAGCGCCUAGAAGCAGAACCAGUAGCUACAGGCCCAGUUGAGCUUCAUGGCUCUCCCUGGGGAAGGAGAUGGACUGCAGAGUGAGGAGGAGGAGGAGAAGCCUUGGUCCAUGCUGAGCAUCCUAGAGGACCUGGAGAACUGGGAGGCCAUGCCAGUGCCGAAGAGGAGCAGGCACAGCCACAUGGGCGGCUGAAAGAGCAAAGGGUGCACUGCCAGCGCCUUCUCACCUGGUGGCCUUGG